UGGCUGUGAAGCAGCAUCCGUCCGUUUAUAUAAUACUCAGAGGAAAGUCUAGGUGCUCGUAGAGCCUGAGACUGAAGGAGGUUGUGCAUGGUUUGCUGACUAUGAUUAGCUGAAAGGAUCCUGACCAGAGCUCAAAAUCAGUGCUUAGUGUUUCCAAUGAAAUAAUUGGGAUUAAGGUAUUGAUUGCUGAGAACUAAUUAAAGAAACGCGCAAUAUUUGUAGAUGUUAAGGUGAGUAUAAGUUUUAGGUUGAUUGCAUGAAGUCUGUCUAUUCAUACCACUUUUCAUAUUUUCAAAGGAGCAAGAAUAAGAAAGAUGACAUUCCAACACUAUUUUCUUUCUUUGUGACCUUUCAAUCAAGAACCACAUACAGUAUGACUAGUUGAUGCUACCCCAAUUAUGCUUCAUUAACUUCUGUGAUGUGAAAUUGUUGUUGAUACUAGUCAUUUACAGAAGUAGUGGUUCAAGUUGCAUGAUUACAUUUACAUACUAUGAAUAUAUAGUGUAAAAGUUUGAUAAAAACUGUGUUUAUUAAAUGUGUAACUAUUUCAUGAAGAUAGUAAUAGCUUACUAUUUAUAUGGGAAUGUGUUACCAUAGCCAUUUUUCCCUCAAGUGCAUUGCCCUCACUUGUGUUAUUUUUAGAAAUAAACUGGAUUCCGAUGGGAAGCAUUAUCAGCAGGAUGUGUUGUAUUUUCAGAAGCCCAAUAAUCUGACUCAGAACAACGUUUUGGACCAGCAGUUCGGUGUUCCGUCUGUUACAGUAACACUAUUCAUGUAAAACUUAGUUUGAAAGCCUAAAACACCAGGUGGAAUGGACUUCUCAAAUACUUCGAACCUCAACAGCACUGUGAAAUCACAGACUCUUUUCUGCUACGAGUCUUUGAGUGGAUCGUGUGUGAGGUUUGCUCGACCCCUGAGCGUUCAGGUUCCGAUGUUCACAUCGAUGGUGUUGGCCAUACUGGUGACUGUUAUUGGGAAUCUUCUUGUCAUCACCUCCAUUGCACACUUCAAGCAGCUUCAAACCUCCGUAAACCAACUGCUCGUCUCCUUGGCUGUGUGUGACCUCCUUCUGGGAGUGUUUGUAAUGCCGUGCAGUGCUGUGCGCUCUGUCCAGGGCUGUUGGUACCUAGGAGGGUUUCUGUGUAAGCUUCACACCAGCACUGAUAUUAUGCUGAGCACAUCCUCCAUCUUCCAUCUAUCCUUCAUCUCCAUUGAUCGUUACUUUGCUGUCUGCAGGCCACUGUCGUACAGACUGAUCAUCACCAAUAACACUGUAUUGAUCAUGAUCACCACCAGUUGGCUGGUCCCUGCCAUUUUUUCUUAUGGAAUGAUCUUCCCUGAGAUCAAUCUGAAAGGAAAGGAGGAUUUCUAUGAAACACAUGUCAAGUGCAUUGGAGGCUGUCAGGUGUUCUUUAGUCCAGUGGCAGCUUUGGUAGCAUCCUCCUUCAGUUUUUACAUCCCAGGCAUGAUCUUGAUUUGUAUAUAUUCCAAGAUAUAUUGGGUUGCCAGGGCUCAGGCCAGGUCCAUUAAAGAUUUAUCUCGUCAGUUUAAAGAGGCAGACUCUGGACGUAGAGAGAGACGAGGGGCAAAUAUUCUGGCAAUAGUAGUGGGAGUGUUUCUAAUCUGCUGGAGUCCCUUUUCCUUGUGCCUCAUCAUUGACCCUUUCAUACAGUACUCCAUCCCCCCGCUGUUGGGGGAUACCCUGGUUUGGUUUGGAUAUUUGAACUCUGCUUUUAACCCUAUUGUCUAUGCUUUCUUUUACACUUGGUUCAGGAGGGCUUUGAGAAUCAUCAUCAGUGGUCACAUCUUUCACAGAGGUUCUUGUAGAUUUAAAUUGUAUUCUGAGUAAAGUUUCAGUUGACAUUGUAUGAUGUGUGUUCAAAUAAAUAUAUUCAUUAUUGUGGGAUGUAACAUGUAACAGUUAUGCAACUAAAAGAUAAAGCUUGAGUGAAAAUGUAACAGAAGCUGCUUUUAACCUGUUUCAUAUAAAGCUGUUUGCCUGAAAUAAAUGUAUUUCAAUGCCUGUGCCUGUCA